AUGGCUGCGACCGCCAUGACCCUGUUGGUGAGUGCGACCCCACCAGCAGAUCCCAGAGGGCCUGGAGAUGGUUACGUUACGAUCAGGAUGCUGGAUGUGAAUAAGAACAGCAAUAAUAUAGAUAUGAACGCGGUCAAAGUGUUGCUUGAGGUUCUAGGAGUCAUCUCUCCGGUACAGCUACUCUCUAUUUCUCACAUAUAUCACACUCUGUCUUCCACCUGCCUGGACAAUCCUCAAGACGGUAUGAUCACUGCUUGUCCAUGGGAUCCACGAGUCAAGGGUGAGUUCUUUCACCAAACCACAUUCAGCGUCGGACACUCUAUGGUCAAGAGCUUCAUCGAAGACAUCCAACAACUCAUUACACUAGAGACUAAAGCGUUGUGCGGAGUGGAGCUCUACAGCGGCGUCCUCAUGCGUAAUGUCAAGGCCUCUAGCCCUUACUUGGGCAAGCAGGAGGACGCUGUAGACUUCGACAUCACUUACUGUAAGGAGCAGGAUCCGCUGAGCCCGAGGCUAUACGAAGACGUGCUCGAAGAAAUAGAACAGAUGGUGCUAAUCAAGUACGGCACACUGCCUCAUUGGUGGAAGAAUGGGAAUUUGGCGUUCACUGGAGCGAUCAAAAGAUACAGAAAAGCCCAAGAAUUUUUGAAAGCGAAGGAGAUGUAGGAUCCACUGGGGCUGUUUUCUAGCUAAUGGACAGACCAAGUUCUUGGACUCAAGGACGGAGCGAGCAUAGUCAGGGACGGAUGUGCACUCGAGGGACUCUGCAUUUGUUCACAAGAUGCACACUGCGCACACAAGGGCUACUAUUGCAAACUCGGAAAAGUCUACGGAGAUGCUAGAGUUUGUACUCGAAUCGGUCCCAAAACCCAUUAG